AAAUCUCUCGAGCUCUACCCGAAUGCCGCACGCGGAGCUCGCCUGUUGAACCCGCCGCCUCCGCUUCACUUCCAAUUCGAAUCGCCUCCGCCGCGCCGCCGCCAUCAGCUUUGCUUGCUUCUUCUAGAAUUCCUCGGCCUGCCGAAUCGAACGCUCCACCGCCUCGGCGCACCCUCACCGGAGCCGGGCCCCCACCGCCCGCCGCUAAACCCUAGCUGCCGCCGGCGACCGCCGCCAUGAGCCGCUUCGACGGCCGUGCGGCGGACCCCAGCUCCUACCGCGACCGCCGCAGUGAGGGGGCGUUCGGUGGCGGGACGAGGGCGUUCGCGCCGUCGGGAAAGCCGGAUGCUGCCGCCGCGGCGGCCGCGGCGGAGCUGGACGGGCUGCCGCGGUUCGAGAAGAACUUCUACGUGGAGGUUCCCGCGGUGGCCGGCAUGACGGCGGAGGAGGUCGAGGCCUACCGCCGCCGCCGGGAGAUCACCGUCGAGGGCAACGACGUGCCCAAGCCGGUGCGCGACUUCCGCGACGUCGGCUUCCCAGAAUACGUGUUGCAAGAAAUCACAAAAGCUGGCUUUACAGAACCUACCCCUAUCCAGUCACAAGGUUGGCCAAUGGCACUGAAGGGGCGUGAUCUUAUUGGCAUUGCUGAAACAGGAUCUGGAAAAACACUUGCUUACCUUUUACCUGCCAUUGUUCAUGUUAAUGCUCAGCCUAUUCUAGCUCCUGGUGAUGGUCCGAUUGUUCUUGUGUUAGCCCCUACACGUGAACUUGCUGUCCAGAUACAGCAGGAGACAACAAAAUUUGGUGCAUCAUCAAAGAUAAAAAGCACAUGCAUAUAUGGUGGUGUCCCAAAAGGUCCUCAAGUUCGUGAUCUUCAAAAAGGUGUUGAAAUUAUUAUAGCCACGCCAGGAAGACUAAUUGAUAUGAUGGAAUCACAUCACACAAAUUUGCGGAGGGUCACAUACCUUGUUUUAGACGAGGCAGAUCGAAUGCUAGACAUGGGUUUUGAACCUCAGAUUAAGAAAAUUGUUUCUCAGAUUCGUCCAGAUCGACAAACUCUUUACUGGAGUGCUACCUGGCCAAAGGAAGUUGAGCUGCUAGCAAGGACUUUCCUUUUUGAUCCAUACAAGGUUAUAAUUGGUUCUGAAGAACUGAAAGCUAAUCAUGCCAUUUGUCAGCAUGUAGAGAUAUUAUCUGAGAGCCAGAAGUAUAACAAGUUGGUCAAUCUACUGGAGGAUAUAAUGGAUGGCAGCCGAAUUUUAAUAUUCAUGGACACCAAGAAAGGGUGCGAUCAGAUCACCAGACAGCUUCGAAUGGAUGGUUGGCCUGCUCUGUCUAUCCAUGGUGACAAGAGCCAAGCUGAAAGAGAUUGGGUUCUUUCUGAAUUCAAGUCAGGGAAAAGCCCCAUUAUGACAGCUACUGAUGUUGCUGCUCGAGGCUUAGAUGUUAAGGAUGUCAAGUAUGUCAUUAACUAUGACUUUCCGGGGUCUCUGGAGGAUUAUGUUCAUCGCAUUGGUCGAACUGGCAGAGCUGGAGCAACAGGGACAGCCUACAGCUUUUUCACGGCUGCUAACGCCAGAUUUGCCAAGGAUCUUAUUAGCAUUUUAGUUGAAGCCGGACAGAAGGUCAGCCCUGAAUUAGCUAAUAUGGGCCGUGGUGCACCACCUCCUUCUUUGGGUCAUCGUGAUAGAUACAGAGGGCAUGGAGGUGGUCGUUCAUGGAGCUGACAUUAAAAUAUUCAGUUGUUGCAAACAGCGAUAUUUGACCUUUCUUUGUGGAUGAUCAUGUAUUUCUGGCUCACUGGAUCUUUUGGCUAGUGUCCGGUAAAGGUGGAUUUAUUUACUUUGGAUACCAUGCUGUGUUGACUGAAACUUUUUCACCCAUUCUGUCUAAUAGCUAGAAAUGUGUCACAAUCAUGCAGUUUCAGUAGAAAAUAGUUCAGCUGUCAGUUUUGCUGAGUCACAGCGAAACUCAUAUUUUGGGUCCCAUCAAUGUCAAUACAUGACCUAAUUUAUUUCCAUAAUACCGCAUUCACCUACGUUGGGUCCGUAAUACUGAAUAUCAAUGCAUCAUUAGUUUUGUGCA